CCGUCAAGGACCUACGCCGAGUUUAUGUCCAUCGAAAACCUCAAGACCUUCGACCCCUUCGCCGAAGCCGACGAAGACACCGGCGAGACUAAACAGUCUCAGAACUACAUCCAUAUACGGAUUCAGCGUAUGUCGCACAAUCCUACCCCGCGGUCGCUGAUCGUCACGGUCGGGCGCGUCGAUGCCAAGACGGAGGCCCGCCAAGAGAAAGUACUGAACCACAUGCUAACUUUUUGUCAUAUAGAGCGCAAUGGUCGUAAGACUCUGACUACUGUUCAGGGUCUUCCCAAGAAAUUUGACCAGAAGAAGAUCUUGAAGGUCAUCAAGAAGAAGUUCGCUUGCAAUGGCACCAUCGUCGCUGACACUGAGAUGGGUGAGGUGAUUCAGCUUCAGGGAGAUCAGCGUAAGGAUGUCCAGGAGUUCUUGACCGACAAGAAGGAAGGCCUCGAGCUGGAUGCUAAGACCAUCAAGGUCCAUGGGUUCUAAUCCCGUCACCAUGCCUUGUUCCGGUCCCUUCUUCCCAGUCUAUGUUGCCCUGUGAGCGGUGGGAAUAGGAAGCACGCCAUGCGUCCCCUUUAAACCGCCGGCCGUGCUC